AAGAGGCAAAGCAACAUAGCCGAUGGAUCGAACAAGCGGAGCGAAGGGAAGAAACGACACCCAGUAUGUGGAAAUGAAGAGAGAGAGAGAGAGGAGAACCAGAUCGGCUGGACUCUGGAGCGGGUCAGUCGACUGGUAGCUGGGUGAACAGCCUGCCUCGUUGAUAGAACGGCACCGUAUGCCGUCUCCCUGGAGGCUGCCGAACUCUCAGCAGGUGAGAAGAAAGGGCGACGAUUCUCUAACGUUAAGAGGGUGAGGUGGGGAGAAGGUGAAUUCAGGUGGGAAAGAGAGGCAGCAGCUAGGUCGUAGCAGGAAAAUACAAAGAGAUGUCGGAAAGAAAGGAGAUAGUGGCGCAGGAUAAUGCGCCGGAUGGGAUAGACAUCGAAAGACCGUACUGGGAUCAGAGCACAUAUCAAGGAAGGGCAUUGCACUUUCUGACAGUGACGAAUCCGCUCAAUGUCUUUGCUUCGAACCAGCGGCUCGAGCACGCGCGUGAUAUCGUCACGAAAUACAGAAAGGGCGAAAGCCUAGAAAAACAAGGAAUCAUCGCGGAUGAGUUAUGGAACUGCAAAUAUCUUUACGACAGCGCUUACCAUCCCGAUACUGGCGAAAAAAUGCUAUUAAUUGGGCGUAUGAGCGCUCAAGUGCCCAUGAAUAUGAUGAUAACUGGCUGUAUGAUGACAUUUUACAAGUCAACGCCAGCUGUAAUUUUCUGGCAAUGGAUCAACCAGUCGUUCAAUGCUAUAGUAAAUUACACGAACCGCAGUGGCUCGAGUCCGAUUCCCACGGAAACGUUAGCGCGGAGUUACAUCGGCGCUACCGGAGGCGCCGUGAUAACGGCGUUGACCUUGAACCGUCUUGCUCAACGUGGACCACCGUUGGCAGGCCGGCUGGUACCAUUAGCGGCGGUUGCGGCGGCUAAUUGCGUGAAUAUUCCUCUGAUGAGAAUUACUGAACUCCAAAGUGGUAUCGAAUUGCAAACUGAGGACGGCACAAAAGUCGGUAACAGCAAACGUGCGGCGAAACAGGCAAUCACAUCUGUGACGUUAUCACGAAUACUUAUGGCCUCUCCGAGCAUGAUAUUGGCGCCGAUAGUAAUGAAUUACUUAGAUCGAAGGCAAUUGUUGCGUAAGGCAAAGUGGGCUGCCGGACCAAUUCAAGUUCUGAUCUGUGGAGUCUGUCUCACUUUCGCGACACCGCUCUGCUGUGCUCUUUUCGCACAACGUGUCCCUAUCUCGGUAAAUCGAUUGGAAUCCGACGUGCAAGAACAAAUACGUUCGCACGAUCCCAAUCUGGAAACUGUUUACUACAAUAAGGGCCUUUAAAUAAUAUGGGGCAGGAUCCCCGCACGACCCGGAUACUUUUAUCAGUCCGAUUCAAGGACGCAAAUCUACUCUUGAAACUCAGGUAUACACGAGACAUUCCCAAACACAACAUUCGAAAGCACAAAUACAUCAUUAAUUAUCAAUGGCUUCCAACUGUUAUGUAAACAGUUUGUUUACGGGUGUGUGUUUUGCUGUAUAUAACUUAUAUUUCCGUAAAUAUAAUCGAUGGUAAGCUGAAAAUUUACGGGAAUAUUAUCGUACGAGAGUGUAUUUAAAUCUUUACAAAAAUUCUCUAAUUUUCGAUACUUUUUUUAAAAUUUUUAUAUAACAUUAAAACAUUUCUUUUGUUUAUAUUUUAACAAAUCUAAUAUAAAUUUAUUUUGAGCUUUUUAGCGUUUUUAACUUAUACAAUCAUAAAGAAAAUUAAGAAUUUCUCGAAAAAUUCUUUAAAUUUCGGAGAUAAAUCUUCCUGAAUUUUUUUUUCAUUUUUUCGAGCAAAAAAUUAUCUUGAAAAUCCUUUUUAGAUUUUUCCAAGCACUCUAUCUACGAUCUAUAAACGAAUUCUCUUAGCUGUAUACGUCCAAAAAAAUACAUACAUAUCUUCCCUUCCACUCUGGCCUGCAUACAUAUAAUAAAUGUUUCAAGAUAUAUAAGAGAUCCAGACUGUUAAGUGAGAAAGGAUAACGACGACAAUAAAAUAAACAAUUUAGUGUUCUGAAUAAAUUUUAA